AUGCCCGCCGCGGUCCUCACAGCCGGCUGGGAAGCGUGGGGUCCGCCGCCACCACCGUCGCCGUCGAGGGAUAUAGUCGCCAUAGACGAGGACGCAUCUGCCGAGACCAGCCCUGGCUGGGCUAGACUGGAGCGGUGUUUUGGUUUAGGUUGCAAUCGUUGCGUCGACGCGUACCGCAGGCAGAUAGACGCUUGGGACGCCGUCGCGCGCGAGGAAGAGGGCGACGACACCGCGGUCUUAGCCGCGCUCAUGGGCGAGCGUAAUGAGCGACGUUUGGUGAGGCAGGCGAGGCAAGUGGUUGCCUCGACGAGUGGCGCGGGCGAGGACACCGAGGACCGACGUCGACGACUCUUCGUCGGCACUGCGUACGAGGCUUUCGUCAGCGCACACUACGGUUCCGAUGAGUGUUGUGAUGCUGUGGGCCAGAUGUUGCCGAUGUUGGUACCGAUGAACGCCGCGGGCGCCCUUCGUGACGUGCUAAGCGGGGUGGUGGCUACAGGGGACGUGCCAGGGCUCUUCCAGCUUCUCGCGCAAAGUGAUGACAACAUCCGGGCCGCUGCGAGGAAGUGUUUCGACAUACUUGGAGAGUCCAGGCCGGUGCGCGGGAGACUCCCGGAGGAGACCGCGCGAGUCAUCGACGAAUGGGUAGACACUCUGUGGUCCGCGUUCGAGGAGCAUGCGACCAGCCAGGGCCAGGAUCAUGCAGGCUCAUUGGCUCCAGCGGACAAUCGCUUGGUCGCCUGGAGUGCGCUCGCAGACGCUUUGGGCCAGAUGGGCCAUAUUCCGCGAGGCGAGGUGCUGGCGCGCCAUCCAAACGUGCUGAGCGCGGCUCUCGACGAGUUAUCAGACGAAAGCACGGAAAACUCGACCGUGUGGUUGUCCGCUUCUCGGGUCAUUUCGGAAUUACUCCCGGCGCGGAUGGACUCGGACAUCCACGGAUCGCCGUGGCUUGAGGCGGGCGUUCCUCCCGGCACAGCAGUGGACAUGCUCGAGGCGGCUGCAAGACAGGCCCUGUGCGCGGAUACGCGAGACAUGAUCGUCCUGGCGGUGAUCGCCACGCUCGAGUCUUUGAAUGGAAGUACGGAACAGGAGGAUGUUGCCGCGUUCACGUCGGCAAUGACGUUUUUGACCAAAACUGUGCCGAAGAAUCCUCACCUGUUUGACGAAUGCACCCUGUGGAUCGCGCGGCGAGGUGCACUGGAUGUCAUAAGGCGCAGCUUCGCGCUCGGGCGACAGCCACGCGAUACCAACAAAGAUUGGACUACAACAGUCACGGUAUGUCUGGCGGCGGAUCCGUCGUUCAAAACGAAUUACUCAGUGAUGUCAACGGCGCGAGCAAACAAGGCAUCGCAGGCUAAGAGGUCGGCGAAGCUGAGUGCGGAAACCGUUGCGGUGAUGGGGUUCAGGGCGGACGCGGCAGCGCUGAGUGCGCUGGCUUGGCACGCAGCUGGAAAUACGGACGGCGGGGUUGGUCUCGUGAGCGACGGUAUGGCAGGUAUCAUGACAGAUGACGCGAUGGUGCAUUCAAUCUGGGAGGAUGGCCUCGACAAGAACGAUGAUCGUACGCCGCGAGAAAUCGCCGCCGAAUGUUCCGCGGGUGCAAUCGCCUCUCGGCUCGAUGCGACAUCAUCCGCGAGGUGGACGUGCGAUCCGGAUGGAUGGAAUUUGGCGAAAAAUCCCAUGGUCAUCAACGGCUUGCUCGCGGCGGCGGCAGACCUCGCACUCUCACCCAAAUCAAGAGGCACGACGCCCGCGGAGGGAGAUUUCACAACGUUCAGCAAUGUUGACAUCACCAAUUCGGCUUCUGUUGGUGCGAGGAUGUCUUCGGAGUUGCUACAAACGUGUUCGUCACUCUCAUCAUCGCCUGAUCCACUCGCGGCCGCGGCUCUACCCUUUGAUGCCAUACGGGCGGCAGUCGCCAUGCUGAUGGGCCAGAGCGCGGAACUAAGAUCGGCAGGGAGGGUUCUUCUCAGUUGUCAGGCGCUUGGUGUCAGUCGCAAGAGCGAGGUUGUCGGCUCAGAGGUAUGGACGAAUGUAUGCGCAGUUCCUGAUGCUACUCUAGCGGCACUCAAAGGCGCGGCUGAUGCAGUCGCUGCUGCGAUGGAGCUCGGUGACACGUCUCUGCGCGUCAAUGCCGCAUCGUGGUGCGUGUUCCACUGCAAAUCUCUGAUUCCGUGCGCGACGGAAGCGUCUAUGCGGGGCGGGAUAGAUGACCUAUGGCGAAAGUGUGUCAUCGCUCGUGCUGCUCUCGCGAGAGAUGUCUGGGAUCUCUGCGUGGGCGUCAUCUCUGGUUCAAGACAUCUAGCCGGUGAAAGUUUCUCGCAGGGCGACCUCGUACGCGUGUUUCAGUGUUUGCCUGAUGUUUUCAAUCUCUGGUACAAGGCUGCAUCCGAGGCGAAAGACAAACCUCUUGACCCGAACGCGGACGAGGUCUACGAAGAUGACGUAUUCGAAUCCCUCGCUCGCGGCGCGCACGACGAGUUCUCAGCGCUGAGCUGGCUUCAGGAUUGUGUGCGAUGGGGCUCGACCGCGCUGACCCCUGCAGUGGCAAACCACUGGAUGAAAGCUUUGGAGAGCUCCCUGGAAGCCGCGACAGGUCCUCUGAAAAUUGCCAAGAUUGACAGACUUCCCUUUACGGCCAAGGAAGCUGCCAAGGAGGUCUUCAAUACGCUUCGUGGCAAACAGGCUGAGAGGCUCGCUAAGUGGUUCCCAGAGGAGGCGCCAGGUAACCUUGGCGUCGGUAUGCUCGAUGCGCUCCCCGCGAGGAGAGAUCAGACAGACCAACCCGCGCGUCCGUCCAUCCGGGAAAGGCUUCAGGCUUUGAGCACGCCGCUCGGCAGGACACUCGGAAAAGGCGACGGGCGGAUUCAAGCACCGGGAUCCAAGGACGCGUUGGACGCCUGGAAUGCUGAAAGGGGCGGAUUCGCGGACUAUCCUCGCGACGAGGAGGAUGACUACGGCAGCGAGGAAGAUAAGGAGGAUGACGACCAUGAGAUGAUUGAUCUGCUAUCCCCAGGCUCAACCAGGGUUGCCAGUGGACUAGGCACCGCGCUCGGAGGUGGUUCAAACUGGCAAGCGACGUACUCUUUCGGACAGCUCUGGGGGCAGCCGAAGCAGCCGCCUUCUUUACCCUCGGAUGGAAAGUCGCCGUACGAACGCGCCAUGGAGAAGGCUCAGCGUAACAAAUCGUCGAGGAGAACGACGGCUCCGAUGGCUGACGGUGACAUACUGUCGAAUAUACGCGCGGGCGGACCGACGCACAAGAAGGCACCAGCGAAAUCUACUUCAAGAGGUGGCAUGAGUACCCAAGACGCGAGAACGGCUUCAAACGUGCAGCAAAAUCUUGCCGAGCUUCACAGGGAGCGCACCGCCCUCGCGCAGAAGCGAGAAGCAGAGCGAUCCGCCGCCAAGGCGGCGCGUCUUGCACGCAUAUCCGAGCGUAGGGGCGAUACCAGCCGGCAAUUCGGCGACCUCUUCUGGGAUCCAAUAACAUCGCACCCCCAUGGACGCCGCCGAGGCUCGAAGACCUAA